CAGCGUUCGAGCUUCUCACUUUUGGAUUUACCAUGGCAGCCAAUCAUCUCCUCCAAGAACGCGUGUCGUACAUCGCGUCCAUCACCAAACAGGCCGACAAGGCUGUCGACGCGUUCAAAGACGCAAGUACCCCGCUGGACCUCGAGGACGGCGCCCUGCGCGAAGGCGGUCCGCUCGUGUACACCUCCCCUGAAGUUUUGACUCUUCUCUUCCAGUACGCCGUGGUGGGCAUUUGCUACGGCGGAAUUCCUGGCAUAGGCGUGCCCGUACUGACCUACUACUUUGGCUUGGAGUCGGCCACGCUGAGCUCUGCAAGCGGUCUCGUCAAUUUGGGGUGGUCGUUCAAGGUGUUUUACGGUAUGCUCUCAGACUGCUUGCCGAUCAUGGGCUACAGUCGCAAGCCGUACAUUUUGAUUGGAUGGGUUAUGACUGCGAUCUGUUUCGUGGUGAUUGCGUUGAAACCGGUGGGUCCGUCGGUGAUCGUGGACAGAUCGGACGAGAACAUCAAGGCCGCGAGGUCCUACGGGUCGGUCCUCGUGCUUCUCUGCGCCCUGGCCAGCUUCUGCUACAUCAUGGCCGACGUCGCUUGUGACGCCUUGGUGGUCGAAUACGCCCAACGCGAACCCGAAUGCGUGCGUGGGCGUCUGCAGUCGUCCAUCUACGGCACACGUUUCGUCUUCCAAGGACUGACCACCGCAAUGUCUGGGUUCCUUAUGAGCUCGGAGCGUUACGGCGGCAAGUUUGGGUUUGACAUCAGCGUCAACACGUACUUCGGGAUCCUCGCGGUGCCCGUAGUCGUGAAUGUGUUUUUGGUGUACUUCUUCAUGAAAGACCGCAAGCGCGGCGCCAUCCGCUUUGCCACGUACUUUCAUGACGUGUACGAACUCAUCCAGAAGCGCGCCGUGUGGCAAGUCAUGAUCUUCUACUUCAUGUUCAACCUGCUCUCGAGCGAGAUCGGAUCGUUGGCGGGCAACUACAUCCUGGUGUACUGGGCCCACGUCGAGCCCGUCAACAGCGCCGUGGUCCGCGUGAUCGCGUUUAUCAUCUUAGCCACCACGGUUUUCGCCGUCGGCCGGUGGGGCACGCACUGGAACUGGCGCUACAUUGUGGUCAUCACGACAUUAUCUGGCGUCGUCAUUGAUGCCAUUGUGCAGUACCUCACCAUCUAUGACAUCGUGCGUCACCAGUGGUUCUACAUUGGCGUCCCUCUCACCGCAGAUGUUCCGCAAGCCAUCCAAUUCGUCGUGUCCACGUUUGUGAUUGUGGAACUGGCGGGAGAUGGCAACGAAGGGCUCAUAUACGGUCUGCUCACGACCGUGGCCAACCUCCCCUCGACUUUUGGAAAAAUGGUCACCAACGUCUACUCGACGCAGCUCAAAGUGACCAAAGCCGACAUUGAGACUGACACGGCAGAAGUCCGCAACCACGCCGCGUACUCGUACUUGGUUGUGUACGGGACAACUGUCCUUGCAUGCUUCUGGGUGAUGAUCCUGCCACCCCAAAAGGCCGCUGUCAAGGAAAUGCUCCAACACGGAGGAAAGUACCCUAUCAUAGGCGCGUUGAUCAUCGUCUUGACGUUCGUCAUCCUUUGUGUCUCCGUCACGGCCAUCAUGAUGACCAUGUUUGAAUCCACGUCGUGCUACCUCUUGGCCGGUGGCCAGGGGUGUUAAUCAACGCUAACGAUCUCCAUAGUACUACUACUACUACUAUGGAGUUCAGUAUGUAUUUUGAUUAAGAAAUGCCAAGUCUUUUGUUUCACA